CUAUCAGUUUCGAGUCGAGUUUCAACUCAAGCAUAUAUAAAAGCAGCACAUACAAAGCAUGACACACUCCAAAUUCCAAAGCUUGAAGCUUUACUCAAAAUAUUAUAUACUGUCUGGUCUGUAGCGCUUACCUGAUUAGCAGGCAUGGCUUCCAAACGGGUUCUGCUGCUUUGUGGUGACUACAUGGAAGACUAUGAAGCCAUGGUCCCCUUCCAAGCGCUGCAAGCCUAUGGUCUAACCGUCGACGCCGUUUGCCCUGGCAAGAAAGCCGGAGAUGUUUGCCGGACCGCAGUUCACCAGCUCUCCGGUCACCAGACUUAUUCUGAGACACGUGGUCACAAUUUCGCCCUCAAUGCAACAUUUGCUGAAAUUGAUGCUGCAAACUAUGACGGGCUGCUGUUACCGGGUGGAAGAGCGCCAGAGUAUCUUGCUCAUGAUCCUCUUGUUGUGGCACUGGUGAUCAAGUUUUUCAGUUCUGGAAAAGCACUUGCUUCCAUUUGCCACGGACAGUUGAUUCUGGCGGCUGCAGGUGUAGCUAAAGAUCGCAAGUGCACCGCUUUCCCUCCUGUUAAACCGGCAUUGGUUGCCUCUGGUGCUCAUUGGGUUGAACCAGACACCAUGGCAGCAACAGUGGUGGAUGGUAAUCUCAUUACUGCCGCCACGUAUGAAGGGCACCCUGAAUUUAUUCAGCACUUUGUGAAGGCACUAGGAGGCAACAUAAGUGGCUCCAACAAAAAAAUCCUCUUUCUUUGUGGGGAUUACAUGGAGGAUUAUGAGGUGACUGUUCCUUUUCAGUCACUUCAGGCAUUAGGGUGCCAAGUUGAUGCAGUUUGCCCCAAAAAGAAGACCGGUGAAACUUGCCCAACAGCUAUUCAUGAUUUUGAAGGUGAUCAAACUUACAGUGAGAAGCCAGGACAUGAUUUUGCUUUGAAUGCAACCUAUGACGAUGUGAAUGCUUCAAGCUAUGAUGCUCUAGUCAUUCCUGGAGGUCGUGCACCUGAGUAUUUGGCACUGAAUGAAUCUGUCAUUGCAUUAGUGAAGCAUUUUAUGGAAAGCAAGAAGCCAGUUGCAUCCAUCUGCCAUGGCCAACAGAUUUUAGCUGCUGCAGGUGUGCUCAAGGGAAGGAGAUGCACUGCAUAUCCGGCAGUGAAGCUGAAUGUGGUGCUGGGAGGAGCAAUAUGGCUGGAGCCUAACCCCAUAAGCCGCUGCUUCACCGAUGGAAAUCUGGUUACCGGGGCAGCAUGGCCAGGCCACCCUGAGUUCAUUGCUAAGUUGAUGGCACUACUUGGUAUUCAUGUCACUUUCUAAAGUGAUGUGAUCUUUGAAGCUUUGCAUAUGCACUUCUUGUGUAUUAAGGUAUUGUAUAUGAUGUGACUUAUAUGAGGGACUUGUACAAGGCUGGCUGAGAAUGAGAUCUCGUGUAUCUGAAUAAAAGUCUAUCUUUUAUUAUGUGUAGAUUUUAUUAAUAUAUCCUUGAGCAGGAUAUCUCCAUUGACAACCA